AUGUUGCGCUCAUCAAUGCGCUUCGGUACAGCGCGAGUACCUAGCUUGCGACAACCUCUCGGUCGUUCAUUAAAGCCGAGUAUCCUUUCUCGCAAUACUUUGAGAGCUGCUUCGACGGUGACUAACCUGGAUAACUUCCCCAACGUUGGUGAGAAGCUCCAUGGAUUUACUCUUCAUGAAAAGAAGCAUGUUCCGGAACUUCACUUGACAGCUGUUUGGUUGAAACAUGACAAAACAGAUGCCGACUAUAUGCAUGUUGCCCGAGAUGAUAAAAACAAUGUGUUUGGAAUUGGAUUUAAGACAAACCCGCCGGAUGCUACUGGUGUGCCUCACAUUCUGGAACAUACCACGUUAUGUGGUAGUGAAAAGUAUCCCAUUCGAGAUCCCUUUUUCAAGAUGCUUCCUCGCUCCUUAUCAAAUUUCAUGAACGCUUUCACAGCCUCCGAUCACACCACAUACCCCUUUGCCACGACCAACCAGCAAGAUUUCCAAAACCUCCUGUCGGUCUAUCUUGAUGCCACACUGCACCCUCUUCUUAAAGAAUCAGACUUUCGCCAAGAAGGAUGGCGCUUGGGUCCUGAAGAUCCGCGAGCGUUGCAGCCGGUUCCUGGACAAGUUGAGCAAAAUCUUUCCUUGCAGGAUAUUGUGUUCAAGGGUGUGGUCUAUAAUGAGAUGAAGGGUCAAAUCUCGGAUGCAAACUACCUCUAUUACAUUAAGUUCAAGGAAAGCAUCUUCCCUUCGCUCAAUAACUCGGGUGGAGACCCUGAGUAUAUCACCGACCUCACUCACAAGCAAUUGACGGACUUCUCGAAGCGCAACUAUCACCCCAGCAACUCCAAGAUUCUCACAUACGGUGAUAUGCCUCUGGCCGAUCAUCUGCAACAGAUCGGUGCCGUGCUGGAUGGUUUCCAAAAGGGACAAGCCGAUACCGAUAUAAAGCGACCCCUUGACCUCAGCAAGGGCCCAUUGAACGUAAUUGUUCCCGGUCCUAUUGAUACCUUUGCCGACGAAGAUAAGCAGCACAAGACUUCGACCUCUUGGUACAUGGGAGACUCAACCGAUAUCGUGGAAACUUUCUCUGUGGGAAUCGUUUCUUCGCUGCUUCUUGAUGGCUACGGCUCACCUAUGUACCGCGCUCUCGUUGAGAGUGGACUUGGCUCUUCCUUCACACCAAACACUGGCCUUGAUUCCUCCGGCCGAACUCCAAUCUUCUCCGUUGGCCUUAACGGUGUGAGCGAAGCCAAUGCCUCAACUAUCAAAGAUGUGAUCCAGAACUCCUUCCGGGAAUCAGUUUCAGCUGGUUUUAGCAAGGAAAAGGUCCAAGGAUUCCUUCAUCAAUUGGAACUUUCCCUCCGUCACAAGACCGCCAACUUUGGUAUUGGCGUGAUGGAGAAGACUAUCUCGACUUGGCUCAAUGGCUCAAACCCCAUGAAAGAAUUGGCUUGGAAUGAUGUCAUCAAUGAAUUCAAGGCCAGAUACGAGAAGCCUGGUUAUCUCGAGUCUUUGGUGGAAAAAUAUCUGAUCAACGACCAGUGCAUGACCUUUACCAUGGUCGGUACGCCCACUUUUAGCAAAGAGCUUGACGAAAAGGAGGUCGUUCGCAAAGACGCGAAACUUGCUCAGCUUAUCGAGCAGCACGGAUCUGUUGAGAAGGCUGUCACCAAGCUUGGAGAGGAGGAGUUGGAGCUUCUCAAGAUCCAAGAGGAUGCCCACAACGCCGACCUGAGCUGUCUUCCUUCCUUGAGAGUAAAGGAUAUCUCAAGAGAGAAAGAACGCAAGCCUGUGAGGGAGUCCAAGGUCGACGGCACUGACGUCGUUUGGCGCGAAGCCCCUACCAACGGCUUGACUUACUUCCAAGCCCUUAACGACUUUGUAGAUCUCCCCGAUGAUCUUCGGUUGCUCAUGCCUUUGUUCAACGACUGCGUCAUGCGUCUUGGAACCGCAAAUCGAUCCAUGGAGCAGUGGGAAGAUCUUAUCAAGCUGAAGACGGGAGGUAUUUCAACCUCGUCUUUCCUUGUGUCGUCUCCGACACACCUUGACCAAUUCAAGGAAGGUAUGCAGUUCUCUGGAUACGCUAUCGACGAGAACAUUCCCGAGAUGCUGGAAAUGCUCUCGGUUCUUGUUACAGAGACCGACUUCACGAGCCCUGCUGCCCCCGCAAUGAUUCAGGAGCUUCUGCGGAUGACCACCAAUGGAGCCUUGGACGCCAUCGCAGGAACCGGCCACCGAUUUGCCGUCAAUGCUGCGGCUGCCAGCCUUUCCCGCAGUUUCUGGAUCCAGGAGCAGCAGUCUGGUCUUGAGCAACUGCAAGCCACGGCUAACCUGCUCCGGGAUGCGGAGUCUUCCCCCGAGCGUCUCCAGGAGCUCAUCGAAAAGCUCCGCCUCAUUCAGUCAUUUGCCAUCUCUUCGUCUAACCUUCGCGUCCGCAUGGUCUGCGAACCGGAGAGUGCUGCUCGCAAUGAGUCUACUUUGCAAAAGUGGAUUUCCAGACUGCCUCAAACCCAGUCCCCAGUCUCCAACUUGACCACAUCUGCCUUUAAGUCAGCCGACAAGGCCUUCUAUGAUAUGCCAUACAAGGUUUACUACUCUGGACAAGCUACCCAGACCGUGCCAUUCAUCGAUCCAUCCAGUGCUCCUCUCAGCGUCUUGUCCCAACUUCUCACUCACAACUACCUACACCCCGAAAUUCGUGAGAAGGGAGGUGCCUACGGUGCCGGGGCCAGCAAUGGACCCAUCAAGGGUAUCUUCACCUUCAUGAGUUACCGAGACCCUAACCCUUUGAACUCGUUGAAGGUAUUCAAAAACAGUGGUAUCUUUGCCAGAGACCGUGCCUGGUCCGAGCGUGAGAUCGAAGAAGCCAAGCUUGGCAUCUUCCAGGGUCUCGAUGCUCCUGUUAGCGUUGACGAUGAAGGUGCUCGUUAUUUCAUGAGCGGUGUCACCCAUGAAAUGGACCAGCGCUGGAGAGAACAGGUCUUGGAUGUCACUGCCAAGGACGUGAACGCCGCCGCCGAUAAAUUCCUGGUGAAUGCCUCGCGGCAAGCAACUUGCGUUCUCGGCGAGAAGAAAGAUUGGACCGAGUCUGAAUGGGAGGUGCGGAAGCUUUCCAUGGGUGCCGCUACUUAA